AUUCGGUAAAUAGUAACAUUUUAUGUAACUAUAAAAAUGAAGCUAAGGAAUCACACAGAUUGUAUGAAUGUAUCUGCAUUAUGGAAUGGCAACUUGAAUGGAACGAAUAGUGGUAUAGGAAUUCAAAAGAGUUUGGAAUCGUGGCAUCUAGUAGUUACUGUUUUAGUGCUUGGAGUUUUUGUUGGAGUAAUAUCGAAGAUCUUCAACUUGAUUAGAAAGCACAUAUACGGAGAUAAGGAAAAUCUGGACAUAUCAUUUGACGCUGGUGGAAGGGUAUCCAGUGGUCUUACAGCCACCACUAUAGUGUCGCAAUGGACUUGGACGGCGACGCUCUUGAAAUCUUCGGCAGUGGCUAGCAAGUAUGGCAUUAGUGGUCCAUUCUGGUAUGCCGCGGGGGCGACUAUUCAGAUUUUUAUGUUCUCGAUGAUAACAGUACAGUUGAAGACCAGGGCACCUGGAGCAAAGACUUUCUUACAGGUCAUCAAGGCAAGAUUUGGUGGGAGGACCCAUAUUGUAUUUUGCAUCUUCGCCUUGAUUACAAAUAUCAUCGUGACCGCCAUGCUAAUGCUCGGAGGUGCUGUUGUGUUAACAACGCUCGUCAAAGAAAUUAGUGUUCCGUUUGCAGUUACCAUGAUGACUUCAGUCAUUUGUAUCAAUACGUUCAUUGGCGGUCUCGGUGCUACGUUUUAUAUCUCCUAUUUCAACAAUGUCGUUACUUUUGUAGUAAUGUUACUUUUUAUGAGUAGAGUUUACAACAAUCCAGACCCUCACCCCGAUAACCCAUUAGGCUCUAUAGCGUCACUACAUAGACUAUUAUCCUGCAAAAUAGGACCUCCUGAAAAUCUGGACAACAGUUAUUUGACUAUGGUGUCGAGUAAAGGUUUUAUGUUUGGUAUCAUUAAUAUAAUUGGGAACUUUGGAGCAGUAUUUGUUGACCAAAGCUUUUGGCAAAGUGGCGUAGCAGCAAAGCCUAAACAAGGUGUUUGGGGAUUUCUCAUAGGAGGAUUAGUUUGGUUUGCAAUUCCAUUCGUAUUUGCCACAACAAUGGGCCUUAGUUACAUCGCCAUGGAAACCCAUGCGGGGGAGAGCUUAUUGUGUGCUGACCAAGUUAAUGAAGGUCUCGUGCCUGUUAUAGUUGCCCAGAGGCUGUUCGGGAAGCUCGGAGAGUUCCUAAUCAUCGUCAUUAUCAUUUUUGCUGUCAUCUCUACGGGAUCGGCAGAAGUCAUUGCAGUGGCAUCUAUACUAGUAUAUGAUAUAUAUCAAAUUCAUUUGAAGGAAUCCGUUCGCAUUACACUUUUAUUUGGCAACAGCUCGGAAUAUCAAGCAACACGCUCACAAACACAAUUUUACAGAGGAGUUGAUUCCAUCAAAAGACAAGACAAAACGUUAGGAUAUGAGGAUGGGCAUAAUCAUCGAGAUAAUACUAGUUCAGCAGACACCCUUUAUAAAACAGUGCGGGUACUCUGUUGGGUCAUGACCUCUCCAAAAAACUUGAAAACUAAAGCUCAACAUGUCCGUGCCACCUGGGCUAAACGUUGCAAUAUCAUUAUCUUCAUAAGUUCAGAGACAAAUAAAGAUUUCCCUACAGUGGGCAUUAACACAACUGAAGGUCGGGAUCAUCUUACUGCUAAGACAAUGAAUGCAUUUAAAUAUUGCUGGGAUAACUACAAAGAUCAAGCUGAUUGGUUCCUUAAAGCAGACGAUGAUACGUUCGUCAUUGUGGAAAAUCUGCGAUAUUUGCUAUUAAGUUAUAAACGAACGGAUCCCAUAUACUUUGGACAUAAGUUCAAAGCAAACGUAAAACAGGGAUAUAUGAGUGGUGGCGGCGGUUAUGUUUUAUCUCAUGAGGCCUUGAGACGAUUAGCUGAGAAGGGAUUACAAGAUCCUGAACACUGUCGUAAGGAUGGAGGGGCAGAGGACGUUGAGAUGGGGAAGUGCAUGGAAUACCUAGGGGUUGCUGUGGGAGAUUCGAGGGACGCUAUGGGACGAAGUCGAUUCCAUUGUUUUGAUAUUUCUGCCCAUCUUGAGGGAAGAUAUCCUGAUUGGUACCAUAAGUAUGAUGCCAAUGGGGCUACGUAUGGUCCCGGAAACAUCAGCGACUAUUCAAUUUCAUUCCAUUACGUUAAACCCAGAAUGAUGUAUCAUUUAGACUUUUUUACAUAUCAUCUACGUCCUUAUGACUCCGUAGUAGUAAGUGCUGAGCCACAUCGUUUGGUGACAGAUGCCAAUAGUUGUAUACUAUGUGGUAAAGCAAAAGGACGAAUGUCAAGGUUAAACAGAGAUAAAUGUCGGUGUCAAAGUAUGACAUACUGUAUUGAUUGUCACCGCGACGAUAUAUUGAGAAUGGAAUGCAGAAGAGCUGUUAAACCUGGGUUCAGAUGUUCUGUUCAUGGGGAUUUCCGGGCUUAUUACGCCUAUCUUGCGAGUUUGAAGAACUGGUGCAUUGUUUGGUGUUGUGUAGCGAUUCUGCCGAUAACGUAUGGACUAAGUGCAUUAAAGGUGAGCCUUAGUUGGGUUUACCUCUUCAUGGGGAUAUUGAUUGGUCCAGCAGUGGUCCCUGUAUCACUGUGUAUGUUUUGGGCUCGACUAACGGGGAAGGCAAUGGUCGCAGGCACGAUGGGAGGCGUUACUAUUGGCCUUACUGUCUGGCUCUCAGUCGCAGCUUCACACAAAGGAGGGCUCGGUCCAAAUUAUUUUUUCGAAAAUACAGGUUCAGAAAGUAGCAUGUUAUGGGGCAAUCUUUCCGCUAUCGCAUCAGGAGGACUUAUAACCUGGAUAUGCAGUUUGCUCAAUCAUUCUGUAAUUGACACUACAGAGAUAUGGGAAAACACUAGAGACAUUGACAAUCCUUUAUCUCCCUGGCCUGAAAUGUACGCUAGAGAACUUGGUAUUUCGGGAGCGCAUCUGUUGGACAGACGCCCAUCCUUAUCAGAAAUUAAGAAGGUGUUCAAAUCGGCCAAACUGAUUGCAAUAUUUGGUGCGACUUUUUUAACUGUUUGUCUGCUAGUGAUAUGGCCUUUAAGUGCAAUGUCAUCGGGUGUGAUGAAUCUCAGUGAAUUCAUAAUUUGGAUUAAUAUCUCGAAGAUAUGUGGUUAUUUGGCAGGUGUUGUUAUCAUUAUCUUACCCCUUGUUGACGAAGCUAUAUCAAUUUGGACUGCCGUCAGGAGGAAAACCAUGGCUUUAAAUGAUGUUAAUAUCCUUGGCGGAAAUCUAAACGAGCCAGCCAAACCUCCAGUUCAUAGAGGAAAAAAGAAAGAAAGAAAAGAAUCGCCCAAUAUAUGUGUUCUUUGUUUUAAAGAUAUAGACGAAAUGAAAAAGGACAAACGAUUUCCUAGUCAUACUAAUGACCGUAACACAGAUAAUGUAUUCGGCACUUCCUCACAAGGCGAUCCGACUACUGAUGACCCCUUAUCAUUUGCCAGAUCUGAUCAUUUGCCAGAAUUUCUCACCAUUGCUGACACAUUAGAUCUCUCGCCUAUAAAUGAUACACAUAGUUGUUCCAGACGGUUUGCUCCAUCCUUUGGUGAACUCGCACGUGGUUUGGAUAAUCCCGUCGAAAGUACACUCAACGAAACCAUGUUUUCUGUUAAUGAUACGCGUCUCUCACUGAGUUCAUCAUACUCCUCGAUAAGCAAUCCAAGAGAUCCCAUAUUUUAACUUUUCGAUGUGUUAAAAUCUUGCUCAUUCUAUACGUGUAUAAGAAAACAGUGUUACUACUUCUUUUUCACACAAAACAAUUUUUUAAAAUGAAAAAGAAUUCUUCAAAUUCAGGCAUGCUGGCCAUUUUGACAUCUGGCAGAUAUCACUGGUUAGUAUCGAACAAAGGUUGCGGCCGUCACCUUCGCAUGAUUGUGGGCUGGAAGUGUCGAUUUCGAUAUUUUGACGUAAUGCUUUGAAGCUUCCUUAUUAAACAGGAGAUUCCUCAAAAACAUUCAGUUGUGCUCUCACCGCGGCCAGAUUUAUAGCUAUAAAAUAAUAUGCUGAACAUUGCACGAUAGAAUUUUGCUCAAAUUGCCAGAUUUAUAUAAAUAAGAAGAUAGCCAGCAUUUAGUAUCAUAUAAUUGUGUGUUAAUCAGUGUAUUAUAACUUAUCACGAUUAUGAGAUGAUAUUUUUGCUAUUUAAUUAAAUGUGAAAGAACUUUUUUAUAAUGAAAUUAUUUCAACACUUGACGAACCAGAAUUGGAUCAAAAAUCGUUUAAACUCUAUUUCACGUCUAGCAUAACUGCUAACAGGUAUACAGGUUUUUACUGAAAUAUAAUUGUUUGAUGCACCUUUAGAGGAAAAGUAUUUGUCGUUAGCAUCUGUUGAAGCAUAAUUCUUUUUUCCAUUAAGGUGUAACAAAACAUUUCGAAAUUCCUCACGUUAAAACAUUACAAGGCAUAUAUUUGGCGCAAGCACGUGCUCUGAUUGAGACGUACAUGUAUAAACAGGCUGGUAUAAAAGACAAUGGUGCUUACUGCAAUUCAUUUAUCUCAUCAUCACUUUACGACUUUACACAAUUCUG